AUUACUUCCAUUCAAGAGGUUUUCUUAAAGAUAUUGCACCUGCAGCGUUGAUCAGACCCCAUUUCACAAUGCCUCUAGACACCAUAUAUCUAACUCGACAUGGCCAUCGUCUAAAUUGGACAAUCGACUAUAAAACAGGCGAAUACAAGUCUCAAUUCCCAACACCAACCGGCAAUCCCGUAGAUCCAACCCUAACCUCGCACGGUGUGCGCCAAUCGCUCGAGCUCGCAGAGCAUCUAGUGAGCCCUGAAUUUUCCCCGAAACCGUUUCGGAUAUACUCGAGUCCCUUCUAUCGGUGUUUGCAGACGAUUCAGCCAUCAGUGGAAGCUCUGAGGGAGAGGCAUAACUCAGCGCCCUCUAUAGAAACAGGUAUAGACCGAAAUGCGGACCUGGAUGUGAGGAUCGAAAAUGGAGUCGCAGAGUGGUUCGGUCCAACUUCUUUCUUUGAUCACCCUUCUCCUGCAUCACCGGGUACCCUCAAGUCCCAUUUUCCCACACUUCUCGCCGCGGACCCUGAAGCCAAUUACAACCCUCAUCUAAUGCCCUCUACCCGUGGUGAAACAAUUGCCCAACUUCACGACCGAGUAGCUACGGCCUUAGCAGGCAUUAUUGCGGAUGUUGAUGCUGAAAUCAAUGCCUUGGAAGCAUCCCAGCCGCCGUCGGAACGCACCAGUAAGGCGAUACUGAUCUGUGCACAUGCGGCUCCACUGAUUGCUAUGGGACGAGUUUUGACCGGAAACAUGCCGGAGGAUGCUGAUGAAAAGGAUUUUAAUGUUUUUACGGCGGGUCUAAGUACAUUUGUCCGAAGGGGAACAACACCCGCUAGCGAUGGUGGCGCAGACCAGCGGGAGUUGGCGCCAGGAACAAGAGUUAUUCGACCUGGGACGGUUGUACCCGAUUGGCAAGGCGGGAAGGGAGUCAGUGGGGGUUGGGACUGUGUUGUGAAUGGGGACUGUAGCUUUUUGAGCGGAGGCGCUGAGAGGGGGUGGCACUUUAACGGGGAAGAGUCAUUUGAUACCGGCCCCAUGGCUCCGUCUUCAGCUUUGCCUACGUCAAGUCAAGAUACGUCGACGGAGAGGCCAGGCACGAAGCUGUGAUCCUGACCUUAGAUGAUGAUGAUUAGUGACAUUUCUGCACAUGCU